UUUAUAAUCUCGUCAUUUACACCCCAAAGUUGUUAAAAUUCUUUAAUAAAAUCUCUCAGAUUGAUACUAAAACAUCAUAACUCACUAAUUCUCUAACACCUUCAAGAACAAAAAAAUGUACGUGACAAGGACAUUGUCGCAGUUCAGGAAAUAUCAGAAAACGCUCUCGGAGGAGUCACCAGAAGGUCCGUUUUCCGGUGUUCUAGUGAUAACAGAUGAAGAAGCCGAAACAGAGGACACGUUCUGUUUCGGGAUGUGUACGAGGACAAAAAUCGAGAAGCUUCCGUUACCUCAGGACAAGAUCUUAUCAGUUGUUCACUUAGAUAGUUCUGGUAACAGAGAGACUUCGGUUAAGAAAGUCUUGUUCAUACCAGCUCUCGAUCAACCAUUGUCUUCAAAUCGGUAUUACGUUGUUCACGCCAGAGGCAGAUACAAAGGGAAAGUUUCCGUGUGUUCUAGGGAGAUAGAGAAAGGGUUAUGUUGUUUUCCAGAUAUCUUGCAUGACAAGAAACCUAAACCUUUGGAUCCAAGAAACAUAUAUCAGACGGUUAAGAUUAGCCGGCAUCACGACCGGACGUUCUUUGCGAAAUCUGUGGCACCAGAUGGUACACCGCCUUCAUUUCUCAAGAAGAAAGGAUGGGAGCUGCGAACCUCGAGGAGCCUACAUCCGAGGAGACCUAGAGAAGCUUUAGGCCUAGACGAUGAGCUAAGAGCGCGUCUCCCUGCUUUCGGAUUCCCAGUCUCUACAAUUCGGUCAGGGAGCGUGAUAGUAGGAGAAUGGUAUUGUCCGUUUAUGUUUGUGAAGGAGAAUUGUAGUGUAAGUCACCAAAUGAGGAAGUCAAUGUUCUAUAGGAUCACACUAUCCCAAUACUGGGAACGGAUCUACCAUUGCGAAAACAAUGAAGCCAACAACGAUCUUGACGGAAACAAUGAUGACAACGAAGAAGAAGUGGUGAGAGUAGAGGCGAACGUUGUGAGAGAGGCCAACUAUGUGAAGGGUAUGGAGGCAGUUAAGGGGGAGAAAGAAGGGCAUGGAGGGUUUUAUUGGUAUAGGCAGGUUCAAGGUCCACGGGGACCUGGGGAGAGGAGAAGGAAGACGGGUUUAAGGUCUCCGGUAGGGCUGAGUUUUGUAGUGGUAGAAAGGAUGAGAAGGGUAAUGGAGGAAGGAGGGUGGGUGGGAGGAGGAAGGAAGGUGGUGAGAGUGGAGAGAGAUGAACCAAUUAGGGUUUCUAGAAGAGAUUGUAGGAAUAUGAAUGGUAACAAUGAUAGAGAUUGGAGGAGCAUCGUAUCUUGCUCGACAAGCAACGCAAUCACCAGAAACCACACUUUACGAGACGGAGACUCACUGAUCAGCGAAGAUGAGAGCUUCGAGGUAGGGUUCUUUAGUCCCAAAAAUUCAACGUUAAGGUAUGUUGGAAUAUGGUACAAGAACAUCGAACCUCGAACAGUUGUCUGGGUCGCGAAUCGAGAGAAGCCACUGUUGGAUUACAACGGAGCUUUGAAGAUUGCAGAUGACGGAAAUUUGGUGGUCGUGAAUGGUCAAAACGUCCCCGUUUGGUCCACAAAUGCUAAGCCCGAGUCAAACAACACGGUUGCUCUACUGUUUAAAACAGGGGAUUUGGUUCUGUCUUCAGACUCAGAUAGAAGCAAAUGGUAUUGGGAGAGUUUUAACAAUCCAACCGACACUUUCUUGCCCGGUAUGAGGGUUCGGGUGAAUCCUUCGCAUGGAGAAAAUCGCGCUUUUACCCCGUGGAAAUCCGAGAAUGAUCCUUCACCAGGAAAGUUUUCAAUGGGCAUCGAUCCUGUUGGAGCGCUAGAGAUUGUGAUUUGGGAAGGGGAAAAGAGGAAAUGGCGUAGCGGACCGUGGAAUUCAGCUAUCUUUACGGGUAUACCGGAUAUGUUCCGUUUCACGAAUUAUAUUUACGGGUUUAAGCUCUCUACUCCGGAUCGAGAUGGUAGCGUGUACUUCACGUAUGUUGCCUCAGAUAGUUCCGAUUUCUUGAGGUUUUGGAUUAGGUUUGAUGGCGUAGAAGAGCAGUUCAGAUGGAAUAAGGAUGCCAAGAACUGGACAUUGCUUCAAUGGAAACCGAGCACGGAAUGUGAGAAGUAUAACCGUUGUGGUAAUUAUAGUGUAUGUGAUGAUAGCAAGGAGUUUGAUUCCGGUAAAUGCAGUUGCCUUGAUGGGUUUGAGCCUGUUCAUCAGGAUCAAUGGAACAACAAGGAUUUCUCAGGUGGCUGCAAGAGAAGAGUUCCGUUGAACUGUAAUCAGAGUGUGGUUGCGGAUCAAGAAGAUGGGUUUAAGGUACUUAAGGGAAUUAAGGUGCCUGAUUUUGGAUCAGUUGUUUUACAUAACAACUCAGAGACCUGUAAAGAUGUAUGCGCAAGAAACUGUUCGUGUCAGGCUUAUGCGGUUGUAUUAGGGAUCGGAUGCAUGAGUUGGACCCAUGAUUUGAUCGAUAUGGAGCAUUUUGAACGCGGUGGAAACUCUAUAAACAUCCGGCUAGCAAGUUCUGAACUAGGAGGUGGAAAGGAAAAAUCGAAACUUUUGAUAAUUAUUUUCAGUGUUAUUGGUGCAUUCUUGCUUGGAUUAUGCAUUUGGAUCUUAUGGAAGAGGCUUAAAGCUUUCUUGAGGAAGAAGAAAGAUCUUCCAGUUUCUGAUAUCAGAGAGAACAGAGAUCACUCGGUUAAUUCCUCAAGCUCGCCGAUCAAAGUUCUAGUAGGGGAUCAAGUUGACACACCCGAUUUGCCAAUUUUCAGUUUCGAAAGUGUAGCCUCAGCAACAGGAGAUUUCGCUGAAGAAAACAAGCUUGGACAGGGCGGAUUCGGUACUGUAUAUAAGGCCAACACGAUCCGAGUCGUCGGCACAUAUGGUUAUAUGGCUCCGGAGUAUGCAAUGGAAGGGAUAUUCUCAGAGAAAUCAGAUGUGUAUAGCUUUGGAGUGUUGAUAUUGGAGAUUGUGAGUGGAAGAAAAAACCUUAGCUUUCGAGGGUCUGAACAUGGAAGUCUCAUCGGUUAUGCGUGGCAUUUAUGGAGCCAAGGAAAGACAAAAGAGCUGAUAGAUCCAACUGUGAAGGACACUAGAGACGUAACGGAAGCGAUGAGAUGCAUCCACGUGGGGAUGUUGUGUACACAAGACUCGGUCAUGCACCGACCAAACAUUGGUUCUGUUUUGUUGAUGUUGGAGAGUCGAACUAGUCAACUUCCACGUCCGAGACAACCGACCUUCCACUCGUUCUUGAACUCCGGUGAGAUUGAACUCAACUUGGACGGUCACGAUGUUGCAUCGGUCAACGAUGUUACUUUCACAACAAUUGUUGGUAGAUGACUCAUUGACCAUAAGUUAUUAUUCUCUUAUUCUUCCCCUACGCUCUUGGACUAUUCAUUUUGUUUUGAAGUCUUUUCUACAUAGUUUUCAACCUUUGUACAUGAUUAUUGAUUAAAAUUUUCGUUGAAAA